AAUAAUUUGCAUUAAAUAAAACGACAGCGCGAUCAAAACGAUUUAGUUGCAAGUCUUGUAAGUGAAAAGAAACAUGAACGCAAAGGUGGCACUAUUCCAAAUUUUAUCAAUUAUUUUGAUUUAUGUCGAUCAUUUGAAGGCGCAAUGUAACGUAUGUUCCGCCCUAAAUCAAAUGGUUUGUGUUUCUGAAACGGAAUAUCAAUUCUGUGUGAAUAAUGUACCCACUGGUGCAGUCAACACAUGUCCCACUGGCUAUGUAUGUUCGACGGCUACAGCCACCAUUUGUCUGCCCGAUUCAGCGGGUGUGGUAGCCACUUGCAGUGAUUGCAAUAAAUGUGACUUAAAUUUGGUAUUCGCCUGUACGGGUGUCCGCUCAUACGCCUUAUGUUUGGGUCAACCUACACCUUCUACGGUGACUGGUACUUGUAAUGCCGAUCAAGUGUGUAAUAUAAAUACCGACCAAAUAUGCACGAGUUCUGCAGGAGGACUUACAGCCACUUGCCCUACUGGAGGUACAAUUACCACAACUGUUUCGACUCCUACUUUUACCACACCCCCAACCGUGCCCACUUAUGCCCAAUACUUUUGCCAAGUUAUGCGUAUCAACAAGAGAUUUCAAGUGCCAGCGGAAUAUGAUACUUCAUGUAGAAGGCAUUUAAUUUGUAUGAAUUAUGUGUUCCUAUUUCCAGAUAUAUUUACUGUUUUAAAACCACGACUGGCGCUUGGUCUGGCCAGAUUUAUACCUGUGCUGGCUCCACCUAUUUUGAUCCCGUAUCUCUUUAUUGUGUGGCCUCAAGACCUUCAAGUUGUUAAGUUUAUGAAUUGAAUCACUUACACAUAAUAAAAAAAAAGUACUUAAUUAUAUACAAUAAGUGGGUUUAUUAAAGACGCAUUUUUCCUGUUGUAUAUGAAAAUAUGUGCCCGGUGAGCAGUUGUAUUCGAGACCCCUCAUAAUGCCAUUGGAGUAGUAGCAAUAAAUGUAUCUGAAAAGGAAUUUUGUUAAAAUGAAAUGUAUUAUGGUGAUUUAGAGUUUUAUUCGAAUUUAAAAUUAUGAAAAUUGGUUGGUUUAAUAAAUAUGUUAAAUAAUAAAGAACAGUUUUUUUAAAAAAAAAAAAAGAUAAA